UCGACCCUGAAAGGAUGAAAGGCAAAGUUGAUCUUGGUGAAAUUUGAACUCAGAAUGUAAAGACAGACGAAAUACCAUAUUUGUUGUGAGCAAAAAAAAAAAAAAUUCAGAAAAAUGAAUUCUGAAGAAUUGCCAAAGGAAGAAGUAAUAUUGUCAUACCCCUGUAAUAUCUGUCAAAAAACAUUCCCUCUAAAAAGUAGCCUUACUAAACAUAAACGUGUUCACACAGGGGAGAAACCACAUAACUGUGAGACCUGUGGUAAAUCUUUCUCGCGAAUACAUACCUUAACUAUUCAUAAACGCAUUCAUACAGGAGAAAAACCAUAUGAAUGUGAUAUCUGUGGUAAAUCAUUCUCUGUAAGAGGCCACUUAGCUGGUCACAGGCGCAUUCAUACUGGGGAAAAACCAUAUCAUUGCGAUAUCUGUGGUAAAUCAUUCUCUCGAAGUGAUGGCCUAACUAGCCACAUACGUAUUCACACAGGAGAGAAACCAUAUCAGUGUAAUAUCUGUGGUGAGUCGUUCUCUGAAAGGGGUAAUUUGACUAAACACAAAUACAUUCAUACAGGUGAGAAGUCGUAUCACUGUGAUAUCUGCGGGAAAUCAUUCUUUCAAAAAGUUCAUUUCACUUCUCACAAGCGUAUUCAUACUGGGGAGAAACCGUUUCACUGUGACAUCUGUGGGAAAUCAUAUGCUGAUGGAAACACCUUAAACAAACACAAACUCAUUCACUCAGGUGAGAAACCAUAUCAGUGUGAUGUCUGUGGUAAAUCAUUCACCUACGGGUGUUCGUUAACUGUUCAUAAGCGUGUUCAUACUGGGGAAAAACCGUAUCACUGUGAUAUUUGUGGUAAAUCUUUCUCUAGAACAAGUCACUUGAAUGUACACAAAAGGGGUGUUCAUGCGAAAGAGAAACCAUUUCACUGUGAUAUCUGUGGUAAAUCAUUCACUAAGGGAAGUGCCCUAACUGCUCAUAUACGUAUUCAUACAGGAGAGAAACCAUAUCGGUGUGACGUCUGUGGUAAAUCAUUCACUGAUGGCAGUACGUUAACUGUUCACAAACGUAUUCAUACAGGAGGCAAAACUUACCACUGUGAUAUCUGUGGCAAAUCAUUCUCUCAAAGAACCUACUUGAUUAUGCAUCACAGACGUAUUCAUUCAGGUGUGAAGCCAUAUCGCUGUGACAUAUGUGAUAAAUCAUUCUCUGUAGUUCGUACCCUAAUUAAUCACAAACGCAUUCACACUGGAGAAAAUUCGUAUCAGUGUGAUAUCUGUGGGAAAUCAUGCUCCGGGAAAAUACGCUUAACCAGUCACAGACGUAUUCAUACAGGUGAAAAACCAUAUCAUUGUGAUGUCUGUGGUAAGUCCUUCACUGAUGGAGGUGUGUUAACUAGGCACAAACACAUACAUUCAGGUGAGAAGCCGUAUCAUUGUGAUGUCUGUGGUAAAUCAUUCACUUACGGAGGUACAUUAACUCUUCACAAACGUAUUCAUACAGGGGAAAAGCCAUAUCACUGUGAUAUCUGUGGUAAAUCCUUCUCUGCAAGAAGUCACUUAACUGGUCACAAACGAACACAUACAGGUGAAAGGCCAUAUCACUGUGAUAUCUGUGGUAAAUCAUUCUCUCACACUAAUGGCCUAACACGACACAUACGUAUUCAUACAGGUGAGAAACCAUAUCAGUGUAACAUUUGUGGCGAAUCAUUCUCUGACAGAGGUAAUUUGACUAAACACAAAAUUAUUCAUACAGGUGAGAAGUCGUAUCACUGUGAUACCUGUGGUAAGUCAUUCUUUCAAAAAGUUCAUUUAAAUUCUCACAGACGUGUUCAUACAGGAGAGAAGCCAUAUCAGUGCAAUAUCUGUGGUAAAUCUUUCAGUAAUGGUAGCGCAGUAACAAUUCAUAAGCGUAUUCAUACCGGAGAGGAACCAUAUCGCUGUGAUAUUUGUAGUAAAUCAUUCACUUAUAAAAGUAAAUUAACUGUUCACAAACGUUUUCAUACAGGAGAAAAACCGUAUCACUGUGAUAUUUGCGGUAAAGUAUUUGUUGAUGGUAAUACUUUGACUAAACACAAACAUACUCACACAGGAGAGAAAUUAUAUCACUGUGAUAGCUGCGGUAAGUCGUUCGGUUGUAGAGGUACAUUGACUAUUCACAAACGUAUUCAUACAGGGGAGAAGCCUUACCACUGCAAUAUCUGUGGCAAAACAUUCACUCAAACAAGCCAGUUAACAACACACAAGAGACGCUUGCAUACAGGUGAGAAACCAUAUACCUGCGAUAUCUGUGGUAAAUCUUUCUCUGAUGGAAGUGCAUUAACUGUUCACAAACGUAUUCAUACAGGGGAGAAGCCUUACCACUGCAAUAUCUGUGGCAAAACAUUCACUCAAACGAGCCAGUUAACAACACACAAGAGACGCUUGCAUACAGGUGAGAAACCAUAUACCUGCGAUAUCUGUGGUAAAUCUUUCUCUGAUGGAAGUGGAUUAACUGUUCACAAACGUAUUCAUACAGGGGAAAAACCGUACCACUGUGAUAUCUGUGGUAAAUCAUUCUCUCAAAAAGGUCAGUUAACAAGACACAAUAAAUCUCAUACCAGAGAGAAAGCAUAUCGCUGUAACGUCUGUGGUAAAUCCUUCACUCAGACAGGUCAUUUAACUGUUCACAGUCGUACUCACACGGGUGAGAAACCAUAUCACUGUGAGAUGUGUGAUAAAUCAUUCUCUCAAACAGCUCACUUAACAAUUCACAGACGCACUCAUACAGGAGAUAGACCCUACAAGUGCGAUAUUUGUGGUAAAUCUUUCUCUCAAAAUAGUGAUGUCACUAAGCACAACCGCAUUCAUACAGGUGAAAAACCUUACCAGUGUAAUAUCUGUGGUAAAUCAUUCUCUGUAAGUAGUCACUUAGCUGAGCACACGCGUACCCAUACAGGUGAAAAACCACAUCACUGUAAUAUCUGUGGAAAAUCAUUCUCUCAUGCUUACGGCCUAACUCGACACAUUCGUAGUCACACAGGAGAGAAGCCAUAUCAGUGUAAUAUUUGUUAUGAAUCGUUCUCCGACAGAGGUAAUUUGACUAAACACAAAUACAUUCAUACAGGAGAGAAAUCGUAUCACUGUGAUAUCUGUGGAAAGUCAUUCUUUCAAAAGGUUCAUUUAAAUUCUCACAGACGUACUCAUACGGGAGAGAAACCAUAUCAGUGUGAUAUCUGUGGAAAGUCAUUUUCUGAUUCGAGCCAAGUGACGUUACACAAGAGACGCAUGCAUACGGGGGAGAAACCCUAUCCAUGCAAUUCCUGUAGUAAAUGUUUCGCCGACAGAAGCGGGUUAACUAUUCACAAACGUAAGCACAGAGGAGAGAAACCGUAUUACUGACAUCCGUGGAUGUCUUGCUAACAACUUGCACAACAUGCAAGCGCCACCAGUCAAAAACUCCGCAUACCGGAAGCCAGCAAGUGUAUGGGGUCAUCUGAAGAGAAUGUGUGCCGUUGAGACUGCAGCAGUUUGACUUGCUAGGAAAGAACGCUGUAAUGCUGAACAAGAACACAAAAUGCACAAAUCAGAGAUCAACAGGAAAAAGCACAACAGAUCAUCCAACCAUCUCAAGCAGGUGACCAAAAAGGCAGUGCUUGAAUUCGAACAGCGCAUAGCAACCAACCCUGACAGCAAAGUGUUCUGGAAGUAUGUACAUUCAAAGCAGAGACCUCACUCUCCAGUUGGUCCCCUUCGCAAUCCCCACACAGGGCAGAUUACUGACAAUCCCAAAGAAUGUGCAGAAAUCAUUGCUGGAUGCUAUGCAGGCAUCUUUACUGUCGAGGAUCAAAAUGUUCCAUCUCCAUCACCUCUGACACCGGACUCUAUAUCUACUAUGCAAUUUACACCAGCAAUGCUACAAUGCCACUUUAAGAAUAAAGGUAACUAUGCCUUUCCUGGUCUUGAUGGUGUUACAUACCUACUUCUCAAACGUGGUGGGCACUUUCUUCUAAACCAAUUUUCUCUAUUCUUCCAAUUCUGUCUUGACAAUGGUGUUACUCCAGGGCAGUGGAAAACUGCCAGUGUUAUCCCUCUGUUCAAAAAAGGUGACCGCACAUCGCCUGUCAAUUAUCGCCCUGUUUGUCUUACUAGCAAUCGCCAAACUGAUGGAAUCCUGUGUCAGAGAAACCCUCUGGAACUUCCGGAAGUCUCACAGCCUCAUCCAGCCGUCACAAUUUGGAUUUAUUCCUAACUCCAGCUGCUGUAAUCAACUCAUUGAGUUUCUUGAGGACAUUAUCCGAAUCACUGAUGGCGGCUCUUGGGUGGAUGUUGUUUACCUGGACUAUUUUCCCCUGACUCAUCUAAGACAUAGAAUGGAUCCUUUUCUCUUUUUUUUUCUCUUUUGUGGGAGUAAUAAUAAAUGAUUAUUUA